CGGGGCUCUGCUUUCGCAGCCCGACGGAGGAGCUCGUCCGGCAGCGGGCAGGGGAGCGGCUGCGGGGAGCGCAGCGGCAGCGCGGCUCCGGCGGCAGACGGGGCGGGAGGCUCCGGCGGGCAGCAGCGGAGGGUUGCGCUCUCCCCCGAGGGCGGCGGCCCUGCCGUAGCCCAGGCGGCCGGAGGAAGAGCAGGAGGAGGAAGGGCGUGGGCUCCCCGCCGGCGGCGGGCUCCCUGCGGUAUGGCCCUGGCGGACAGCGCCCGCGGGAUGCCCAACGGCGGCGGCGUCUCGCCGGCUGCGGGGAGCGGGGCGCCGGGCAGCGGGGCGGUGGCAGCGGCCACGGGCGGCUGGUCGUCCUUCCCGGAGAUCGUGGAGCUGAACGUGGGCGGGCAGGUGUACGUGACGCGGCGCUGCACCGUGGUCUCGGUGCGCGACUCGCUGCUCUGGCGCAUGUUCUCGCAGCAGCAGCCCAGCGAGCUGCCCCGGGACAGCAAGGGCCGCUUCUUCCUCGACCGCGACGGCUUCCUCUUCCGCUACAUCCUGGACUACCUGCGGGACCUGCAGCUGGUGCUGCCCGAGCACUUCCCUGAGCGCAGCCGCCUCCAGCGGGAGGCCGAGUACUUCCAGCUGCCCGACCUGGCUCGCCGCCUGGCGCAGACUCGGGCCGCCGCCGUCCGCCCCGCCGCCCUGCACCGCGACGGCUCCAUCUGCGCCGAAGAACCGCCGCCGCCGCUCCUCGGCUACCUGGAGGCAGAGCCGCUGGAAGGAGGCGGCGGGGCCGUGGGGUCCGCCCCGUCGCCCACCGCCAGCCGCAGCCCCUCGGGCGGGCCGCUGCUCACGCCCUCGCAGUCGCUGGACGGGGCGGGCGGGCGGCGCUCGGGCUACAUCACCAUCGGCUACCGGGGCUCCUACACCAUCGGGCGGGAGGCACAGGCCGACGCCAAGUUCCGGCGAGUGGCCCGCAUCACCGUCUGCGGCAAGACGGCCCUGGCCAAGGAGGUCUUCGGGGAGACGCUGAACGAGAGCCGCGACCCUGACCGCCCUCCCGAGCGCUACACCGCCCGCUACUACCUCAAGUUCAACUUCCUCGAGCAAGCCUUCGACCGACUCUCCGAGGCCGGCUUCCGCAUGGCCGCCUGCUCCUCCACUGGCACCUGCGCCUUCGCCCCCGAGCAGGGUGGUCCUGCCGAUGACAAGAUCUGGACCAGCUACACCGAGUAUGUCUUCUGCCGGGACUGAGCAUUCGCCUAGCCCGUGGCGUGGGGACAAGGCAGCGGCCCCUGCACACCCUCGCACCCAAGGUCCCCUCCCAUGCCGGAGGAAGGAGGAUGUGGAGGGGGGCCGUGUCCCCCUGUGCUUUCCUCACCCCGGUGUCUGCCUCCACGCACAAGGCGGGUCAGCCCCUGCGCAGCCCCCACCCCUCUUAUAGCACCUCCUGACGGCCCUAGGGGCGGGAGGUCACUCUGUUGUGCCUCGGCUGCCAUGUCCCUGCUUGGCCACCAUGUCCCUAAUCAGCCACCGUAUCCCGGCUCGCACCAUCCUCCUCCUCCCACGUCUCCCAGCAGCUGUGUUGGUAGCGAGGAAGGAGAGAGAUAUUGGGAGUAGACAAGUACAAGAAAGCGUGCAGGUGUGCCCAGUCCCUGCCCCUCACCACGCACGGAGCUGAGGAAUAGCUCUGGCAUGGUGGGGUGUUUUAAAAAACAUCCAAUUAGGGGCUGAGAAACUGAUCUGAGUUGCUCAAAAGCAUUUUCUGUUGAAGAUGGCAUGAUAAAUGGCUAUCUUUUCUCAUCCCAAGACCCUUGUUGGGCAGACCCAAAAUGGUCCAUUUUAACCCCCCACCUCAUCAAAGUGAUGUCUGUCUGUGAAGGACUGUCACAUAGAAGUAAUGCCUGACUGUGAGGGGCUUGCACUGGCUCAUACUUUAUCUGUAGAGAUGAGUAAUUCUGGAGGAGGCAUGCAUGUGGCCCUUCACGACAGAUUGCUUCCAUCUCCCCUCUCUGCUCCCUGUAUCUCUGAACUCCUCUCUCCAAGCUGUUAAACUGGACCAGGGCCUGUGCAGCAAGCAUGUAAGGCUGAUGUGAAAGGACAAGUUUGCUAGAUAACCAACCAUUUGAACUAUAAAGUGUCCUCAGAGACGUGUUUAUUCCAUUGAGAGGUAAAACAACAACACUUUGCAAAAUUAUAGUGCUUGUGAAUCGUAACUUUCAUGGGCGGUCUGAAGUCCUUAUAAUUCUUUUGAAGUUGCUGUCUAUAAUAUGAACAGGAAUCUCAAUGCGCAUUUCCUUAAACACCCUCAAAACGAUGCGAGUGAGAUGAAGCCAGGCUUGCCAGAGUAAAAGUAGGGGCUGCUUCCUGGGAAGCUGAAAUCUCAUACCUUGAAAUAAUGCAGAUGUACAUUGUAAUUGUAAUCAAGAGCAUCCUGCUUAUUAUUUUUUGUCAUGUUAGUGCUGUAAAACUCUCAAGCCAACAGAAUUGAUGACAAAACCACUUCUUAAAGAACCAGUUUCUUAGUUUCGUGACAGUACUACUAGGGCACUGACACUGGUAAGAGUUAUGUUCCUCUUCCUAGAUAGACUUAAUGCUUCUUAGGAAGGAUUGAGCCCUGUCCUUAGAAAAACAAGAAUGAUGCCAACUUCCUUCAGAGGAAAUUACCCCUUUUGAGCUGUAUUUUGUUACUGCUGUCUAACAGUCUCUGCUGGAGGAGGCAGUCAUAGUCUGCUUUGGAACAGAUCAUCUGAGCAGCAGGUUUUACUGGGAGGGGGAAGAUGGAGCAGCUCUUUUUAAUAAAUUCUUGAAGUCUGGAGUACAAAAGCACUUUCCUUUAAAAACCUAAACUUGAUUUAAGAAUUUGUAUUGUCUGUUCAGACCAUCACGGAAAAAUAGCCUAAAUAUAUGUGAAGUGUCGAAGAAUUUACUGGUACAUAUUAAAGGCUUGAAGUUGUGUUUUUAAAACUUUUGAAUAAUAAAUUGUUCUAAUUCCAAAUUUACAAAUACUGCUAGCAUUUGUAUUCUAACCAAAGAAUUUCGUAGUAAAGGUUUUUUUUAAAACCUUAAUUCCUUUGAAAAGAGCUAUAGCUACAUUCCUAUCAAGUUUCAGUGCUCAGUCUCUGUGUUCAUCACUUGGUCUUUCAUUAAGCGUGUGCACAACUGCAUAAAACUGAAAAAAAUGUUCAUCACCGUGGCUGGUUUUUUUUAAUACUAGCAAGGUUGUUUAUUGAUAAUGAUUAAAUUGAAGAUGUGCAUAUGAAAGCACUGGGUACUGUCCAAUUGUAGAUAGUUGUAUUAUGGAGUAUUUUUAAAAGGAAAGAAAUGUAUACCUGCCAAAUUAGAUGAGCAAUAAGAUACAGUGAGAAGCCAAUACACCUGAAGAUGGGAGUGAAGCCUGUUUGUCCUAUGCCUUACUCUGAGAUGAUUUCUUUGUGCUUAACUUACUUCUACCACAAGUGAGAGGACAUUGAUCACAGCUACUAGGUCUUCACAGUGCCAUUCUCAAGAAUAACGACUGUCUUUUUCUAGUUUCUGUUAAGUAACUCUGAUGUACGUUUUUUAAGAUUUUGUAUAAAAUCAGUUUUCAGUAAAGUGUUCAAAUUCGCUCUAGAUAUUUUUCUUUUUUUAAGAAACUGGUAUCUUAGUAAAUCCAUCAUAGGAGCUAUGAAUAGGGGCAGUUUUAAAUUGACCUUGUGAUUUAGUGUACAUAUAUAUACAGUAUAUAAACAUUUUACAUGAAUCAUUUAGUUUUUUAAUCAUUUUAGCGCUACAGGAUUUCAUAAUAUAUCUAGCUGAGCAUUUACACAUAACGUUAUGUACAUAAUAUGGUAAUGUUUUACUGGUUUCUUAUACCUGUUUCUAUGGAAAAACUGAAUAUGAGUAUCAUCAGCUUGUAGAAUUGGAAUCGGUGACAUACUUGCUUGAAUGUGAAUUGUAACUAAACUUCCAGGUGGCUGAAUGCAUCUCUAAAACAAAGAUUGCCUGUAUUUUGAUUAAUGAUUGCCUAUCCACUUGCUGGCAUAUGACCCAAAAAUUCUCAUAUUUUAAGUAAAAAUGGAUGUAAUAUAAACAGAUGAUUUUUUUUUUAAUCUUUGUGUUAAAAACUUGAAGUGUUAUUAGUGUUAAAAAAUGGGGCCCUUUGUUUACUGUAACUCAUUAUCAGUAUCAUCAGUAGACUAAAAAUGAUGGUGCCAUAAAUGUAAUAGUCAUUUGGUGGUUUGCCACAGAAAAUGAUAUUUUUCUGAGACAUUACUUAGUAACGUCUGUAAAUUUUUUAAAAGGAAAAAUGGCCCAGGCAAAGUCACUGAGUUUUGCUGGUCUCUUCUGUUGAGAGCUCAAAGAACGGAUAAACACGAUGACUCUGCUAACUUGUUGACAUGAAAAAGGACAAAAAUCUAAAGGCACGAUACUGGAGUCCCAUAUACAUUUUGUAGCGGGUGUUCACAGUUCACAUACUUAUGGAUGAAUGCAGUAGCAUUUAUAAGUGCUUUUAAGCCCCCCCCCCACCAGUUUCUUUUAAUUAGAAGUUAAGGCAUAGGUCUUUUCAGUGAUUCAUAUCAUGAAGAGUGACUUUGCCUAUGCUUGAUUAGGAUGUCUAUAUUUUUAUACAUGUAGAUAAUGAGCCACUUAUUCAUUCUAAUUUUCCCAUGUAUAGCAUUGAAAAUAAAGAUCCUCCUAGGAAAAAGUUGCAUACCAAAUUAAAUUUUGUUCUUUAAAUAUUAACUCAGCUGCGUGGUUUAUGCUGGCCUUUUUAUUCUUGGUAAAGAUGUUGUUACCUUUGCUUGCUCUUCCACAGUAUCAUGUUCAUAACUUCAGCAAAGACUCCAAGCUAAUAUAUAAAGCAGAAACACAGAGCAGAGAAAAUUACAUAAAUGGGGAUCUCUAGUAACACUGAUGGCAAGAUAAACAGAAAUGUAUAGUGCUCAGACUGAACAAUUUCCUUUUAAGCAUCACAGAAAAUUCUUGUAGUGCUGAUCAGUCAGUUGUCAGGAAGACACAGUGAUUAAGCAUCUUAGUUUGAAUGGCACCGAGUAAUGCUGAAGUAAAAUAUCGAUGUUUUUAUGAAGCCAGAGAAUAAUAACAUGGGAUAUAGUGCUCGUUUAAUGAAAAGCACUCAUACCUAAGGUAAUACAUGAUUUGAGAUAAACGCAUCUAGAAAUUCUCAUUAGCUACCCUGUGAUCUCUAGCAAGCUAUUACAAACUUGUGGUCAGCUUCAUAGAAAAUUACUAGCAAAUUGUUAGUAUAAUCCUCAUGUGUGGAAGUGCCUGUUCUUUCUUGGGUAGCGUGGUUAUAAUGCAGAGGAACCAGCUGAAGGAAGGUUAGUUAACUUUUUUAAUUUGACAGCUUGAUAGUAUUUGAGAGCUUUGUUAUCAUGUAAUAAUACAAGAAGGGAAAUUGUUUCAUGAGGAACAAUACUUUGCAUCUGCCCUUCUGAAGGCUUCGGUCUCAUUUUCUUUGUACUACCGCUUCAACUACUCUGCUCACCCCCACCCAUUUUAUUUCACAUUUACUUGGAAAAAGGCAGCACACUCCUUGACAGAGCCACCUUCUGUUAGGCUAAAGGUUAUGGCUGAAUUUUAGCUUUCUCCCUCGGUGAACUACAGAUUUUUUUCUUCCUUUACCCCUCCAGCAGUAUUCAUCAAAUUUGUAAGAAUGUAACAGCUAUGAGGGUUUUCAGUUCUUUUGAUUGUAUUUGAAGUUACCCAUCAACUCAGAGGUUGUUAAGGGGGACAGAUGUCCACUCAAAUGGACAAUGCAGGUGUAUGAGCCGUAUUUCCCUAGGAAACAAGGCUAACAGAAUACUGUAAUUAAUGCCUGGCGCUGUCUGUGUAGUCCAAGUGUACUAAAUCCCUACACACGGAGGAGGCAAGCAGUCACACUUACUUUUGCGACAGUGGCCACUCAAGUCAAAGAAAUGGGUGCACUAGAAUGUCUUAAAAAUAUUUACAGACUCCAAAUUUCUGCAGCAUUUCCAAGUGUAGCUAGACCAGCUUCGAGCCUUGUUAUACCAGACCUUCUUGACUGCCUAUCUUAAACCUGGUGGUAACUUUGCUGGAGAAGCUUUUUGCUAUGAAUAUUGAGCUUUUGGGAUUUCUGCACUUCUGCCUGGCAGAAAUGGAUCAAAAUGUGCAGGAGAAUAUUUUCUGAAGACUGGAUUUGCCUCAGGGUUGGUUUUGGGUUUUUUUUUUAAUUGUAGGAAAUCUUUGGUAUAGUUUUACUGAAAUAUUAGUACUAGUGCAUUAUUUAUUUAGAAAGUACUAGCAUUUACUUUUAUGAAACGGCAUGCUAAUUUUGUUUUUCAUUAAAAUGAGCUGCAUGUGUUUUUCCCCUGCUGCCAAACAAAACUCUCACAUAUGACUGCUGAAGUAGUAAUACUGAUAUUGCAAGUUGUCUGUUGGAAAUAUACAACAUAACUGCUGAGACAGUCAAAGCCAUGGUUGGUCAAAUUAUCACAUUACUUCCCCAUUCCACUCUCCACUGUGUUCAAACUGGAAUAAAAUUAAAUUCUGUUAUA